GAAAAAGAAAACAUGAAAGUUUUUUUUUAUCUGCAACGAAAUCAACGAAUGAAUAGAUGAUGAGAUGCUUAUGUAUGAAAAUCGGGGAAGGAUUAAACUAUUUGGAGAAAGGCUGAAAGGGGGGUCGCAGAGAUUUUGAAAACAGUUUGAGAGAAGAUGAACACCGGUUGAAGGGGAGAAGGAGUUAGGUUGUCGUGAAUGGUUGAGGAAAAGGGUUGGGUUGUCAUCACUGGUUGAGGCACGUAUAUGAUUUCUUUUCCUGCAAAAUAACAAACGAGGAUAUUUAUUACGAACAUCAUAAUCGAUUAAAGAGAUAAAGGAAAAAGAGGAUGAAGAGGAAAAUGUUGAAGGUGACUUGAGGAAAUCGGAACACAAGUUGAGAGGAAGAUUACAGAAAGGUUGAGGAAGGAAGAAUAGAAGAUUUAAGGGUAAAUGGGGAAUUAUGAAAACCCUAAAUGUAGAGUUUCCAUAAAUUGGAUCCCAAACCUGGGUUAGGGUUAUUAGGACCAAAUCCACACCGAUAUCUUGGGGGUAGAGCCCCUAAUUAUUUUGGAAAAGAAAGAAAACGUGGGUGGAGUAUAGUCGGAGUAUUUUGUAUAAUUUUAGAAUGUAUUCGGUAAAGAGUGGUAGUAGGAGGACUCAGGAGUCGGGGUGUGUGUGUGAACUGUCGAUAUCUUCGUCUUCUUCAGGCUUCAGCUGCAAGAAAGGAAAAGUUGAGCUGGGGUCUACUUCUUCUUGUUCUAAAACCUCGAGGAUUUAAAUUUACUAGGGCUUUACUUUAUCCUUCUUCAUUCGCUCCAGACAUGAUGAAUAGUUUCAAGCCCAAUGCUUCUUCCACCCUUAGAUUUCUCCAAUUCAUUGCCCAUUCCAGACAUCUCUCCACCCUUUCGCCAUUGACUCCGACGCGUUCUUCAUUUCUCAUCUCCAACAACCCUUUUUCUCCUCGACCUUCUUCUCUGAUCUCACAUCCUCUCUUUUCUGCCACCACCAUCCGCUAUCUUCGCACUGGUCGAGAUCCCAACAUCAGCUAUGAGAUUACUCCUCCUAUCAAUUGGGGUAUUCGAAUUGUCCCCGAAAAGAAGGCUUAUGUGAUCGAACGAUUUGGUAAGUAUGUGAAGACGCUCCCCUCGGGAAUUCAUUUUAUGAUUCCAUUUGUCGAUCGGAUUGCCUAUGUGCAUUCCUUGAAGGAGGAAGCUAUUCCUAUUCCGGACCAGUCUGCUAUCACAAAGGACAAUGUCAGCAUUUUGAUAGAUGGGAUGCUUUAUGUUAAGAUAGUGGACCCCAAGCUGGCAUCCUAUGGAGUCGAGAAUCCCAUAUAUGCUGUUAUUCAGCUCGCUCAGACUACAAUGCGUAGCGAGCUUGGAAAGAUAACUCUCGACAAAACAUUUGAGGAGAGGGACACGCUGAAUGAGAAGAUAGUGGAGUCUAUCAAUGUAGCUGCAAGGGACUGGGGACUGCAAUGCCUUCGAUACGAAAUAAGGGAUAUUUCUCCACCUCGUGGGGUGAGAGCCGCUAUGGAGAUGCAAGCUGAAGCAGAACGUAAAAAGAGAGCUCAAGUUCUUGAGUCUGAAGGAGAAAGGCAGGCCAACAUCAAUAUUGCUGAUGGUAGGAAAAAUGCAGUUAUAUUAGAAUCUGAAGCUGCAAAAAUGGAUCAAGUUAAUAGAGCGCAAGGUGAAGCUGAGGCCAUCCUCGUAAAAGCCCAAGCAACAGCCAAAGGGCUCACUCUUGUAUCACAGGCACUCAAAGACAGUGGAGGUGUCGAGGCUGCUAGUUUGAGAAUCGCUGAACAAUAUAUACAAGCCUUCAGUAACAUUGCCAAAGAGGGGACCACAAUGUUGCUUCCAAGUUCAGCAGCAAAUCCAGCUAACAUGAUGGCUCAGGCCCUUACAAUAUAUAAGAACCUCGUGGGCAAUGUCUCUUCCGUUGAAGCCGGAACUAGUGGAUUAAAUGAAGGCAUGAAGGAGAGCAAUCUGGCCGCAGAAAUCGGGGGAGAUAGUAACCAAACUGUUAGAGUUAUGGACGAAGUUGAACAUGACCGCCCAGGAUUUUCUCUACAGACCCCCAAGAGUGCGGAAUAGUGAAUGGAUUUAACUGACCUCGUGAAAAAAUUGCCAUGUUUCCUGCUGUAGGGUUCUUUUUUGGGUGAGACCGUGAGAGGUAAACUGUGCCUGUACUCUGGAGGCCACUCGGAAUUAUUCUCAAUCCAAUAUUGUCUCUUAGAAGUCCUCUCUUAGUUGGGACUGCGAGCUUCCUUUAGAUUCAAUGGCGCCAAGGUUCUUAUUUCAUUCAGAAUGACUAUCUUGACAAAUUCAAAUAAGCUCUCACUGUUCCUUCCAGGCAAUUAAUAUUUUCAAAUCUAUUCAAUUCAACUUACUUUACAAUAUAUUACAAUCUUCUUAUAAUCUUUAUUAUAUAUUUAACAUCCCCCUUACCUUUUAUUUGUUUA